AUGGGUAGAGAUGAAGGAGAACAUAGUCCGAAACGCCGCAGGCUGGAUUUCAACCCUCUGCGAUCAGAUGACCGGUUUGCUGUGCCUGCGAGACCAGCAUCGCACAGCCGCGCUCCAAAAACGAUAGCAUCAAGAUCUCAAAGUCGAGCAGGAAAUGGUUCCCGAGCAUCAACCCCCUAUGGGCAAUCGCGAUAUGGCUCCACGCCCGGAUCAACCCCUCGCCAAAACGAAUUUGACGGCCCUGAGCCAUUCGUGGACGAAGAGGAUUCGAAGGCAUUGGAUAGAGAUUGGUACGAUGGAGAUGAAUUUGGCCAUACUUUUGGAGAUGAUAGUCACAACCCAUUUGGUUCUUACGACAAUGCAUGGGCGGAUCAGCAACGCGAAGCUGCAUUGACCGAGAAGAAGACUGGAAAGCGGAUGAGCGUUCGGGCUUCGCAAAAGCAGAAGGAUGUUGAUGCUUGGGAGACAAAUCGUAUGCUCACCUCAGGAGUAGCUCAGAGGAGAGACUUUGGGGAUGAUUUUGAGGACGAUGAAGAAGCUACUAGAGUGCAUCUACUCGUGCAUGAUCUCAAACCUCCAUUCUUAGAUGGCAAGACGGUAUUUUCAAAACAGCUAGAACCUGUUCCAGCCGUUCGAGACAACCAAAGCGACAUGGCUGUAUUCAGCCGUAAAGGUAGUAAGGUUGUAAAGGAGAGACGGCAACAGAAAGAAAGGCAGAAACAGGCACAGGAAGCCACGAACAUGGCAGGAACCGCACUUGGAAACUUGAUGGGUGUCAAAGAAGACGAAGGAGACAGUGCUGCUCCUGUGCCUGGGGAAGAAGAGGAACAGAGUAACAGCAAAUUCGCGCAGCAUAUGAAAAAGAAUGAAGGGGCCAGUAAUUUCAGUCAAAGCAAAUCUCUCAAGGAACAGCGAGAGUAUUUACCAGCAUUUGCUGUUCGGGAGGAUCUGUUAAGAGUGAUCCGUGACAACCAGGUUGUCAUAGUAGUUGGAGAAACCGGAUCUGGAAAAACUACGCAGCUGACUCAAUUUUUGUAUGAGGAUGGAUAUGCAAAAUUGGGCAUGAUAGGGUGUACGCAACCUCGAAGAGUUGCGGCGAUGAGUGUGGCAAAACGUGUCAGUGAAGAAAUGGAAUGCGGGCUUGGUAGUACAGUGGGGUACGCCAUUCGAUUUGAGGACUGUACUAGCAAGGAGACUUGCAUCAAAUACAUGACCGACGGAGUUCUGUUGAGAGAGUCUCUAAAUGAGCCAGAUCUUGAUCGUUACUCUUGUGUCAUCAUGGACGAAGCUCACGAACGGGCUUUGAACACCGACGUUUUGAUGGGAUUGUUUAAGAAAGUCCUCGCCCGCCGCCGCGAUCUCAAGCUUAUUGUUACGUCUGCAACUAUGAACUCAAAAAGGUUUUCUGAUUUCUAUGGCGGAGCUCCAGAGUUUUUCAUUCCUGGUCGUACCUUUCCGGUUGAUGUUAUGUUUCAUCGUUCGCCGGUGGAGGACUAUGUUGAUCAGGCUGUCCAGCAAGUCUUAGCAAUCCAUGUUUCGAUGGGUGCUGGUGAUAUUCUGGUGUUUAUGACUGGCCAGGAAGAUAUUGAAUGUACUUGCGAGCUAGUACAAGAGAGGCUUAAUGCCCUUAACGAUCCUCCAAAACUCAGCAUCCUGCCUAUAUACAGUCAGAUGCCUGCUGAUCUCCAAGCAAAGAUCUUCGACAAAGCAGCACCUGGAGUCAGGAAAGUGAUUGUCGCAACUAACAUUGCGGAAACUAGUUUGACUGUUGAUGGUAUCAUGUAUGUUGUCGAUGCUGGGUACUCCAAGCUCAAAGUUUACAAUCCACGAAUGGGUAUGGACACCCUUCAAAUCACACCGAUUUCUCAAGCGAACGCUUCCCAAAGAGCUGGUAGGGCUGGCCGUACUGGACCAGGCAAAGCUUAUCACCUUUUUACCGAAGCUGCUUUUAAGGAUGAGUUGUACAUACAGACUAUUCCUGAAAUCCAGCGAACCAAUCUCAGUAACACUGUACUACUUCUGAAAUCUUUGGGAGUGAAGGAUCUGCUAGACUUCGAUUUCAUGGACCCUCCGCCCCAAGACACAAUUACCACAUCCCUCUUCGAUCUCUGGGCUCUAGGGGCUUUGAACAACAUUGGCGAUUUGACGGGUAUUGGCAGGAAAAUGACUGCAUUUCCCAUGGAUCCAUCUUUGGCAAAACUUCUUAUUACAUCAGAGGACUAUGGCUGUAGCGAGGAAAUGCUGACGAUUGUGUCUAUGUUAUCUGUUCCUAGUGUCUUCUACAGACCAAAGGAACGCCAGGAGGAAUCCGACGCGGCUCGUGAAAAGUUUUUCGUUCCAGAGUCCGAUCAUUUGACAUACCUUCAUGUCUACUCUCAGUGGAAAAUGAAUGGCUACUCUGAUGCCUGGUGUACUCGGCAUUUCCUGCAUCCCAAGUCUUUGCGCCGAGCAAAGGAAAUCAGGGAGCAGCUGCUGGAUAUCAUGAAAAUGCAGAAAAUGUCUAUGAUUGGUUGUGGUACCGAUUGGGAUGUUAUUCGAAAAUGUAUUUGCUCAGGAUAUUAUCACCAAGCGGCAAAGGUCAAAGGCAUCGGCGAAUACGUUAACCUCAGAACAAGUGUGACUGUUCAGCUACACCCUACGAGUGCUCUUUAUGGAUUGGGGUAUCUUCCUGAUUACGUAGUUUACCAUGAGCUGAUCCUUACUUCUAAGGAAUACAUGUCAACUGUGACAGCUGUUGAUCCCCACUGGCUUGCAGAGCUUGGUGGCGUAUUCUACUCGGUGAAGGAGAAAGGGUAUUCUGCAAGAGAAAAGAGAGUUACGGAAGUGGAAUUUAAUAAGAAAAUGGAAAUUGAGGCACAGAUGGCCAAGGAUAAAUUGCGGGAGGAACAGAGGCUGGAAAAUGAGAGUAACAAGAGUACGAGAAAGACAGUCGUCCCAUCGACUGUCAAAAAGGUAGCCUCCCACGGUGCUGUGAGAAAGCCUAUCGCCAAAAGAAGUGGCCGUGGCUUCUAG